GUCGUGACUUCGCAAGUUCUAUUUUUAGUUACCUCGGGAAGUGCGUCCUAUUGUUCACUUUCUCGUUCGAUUAUAUAACAGAAAAAAUUCGCAAACGUCAUGGGAGAGACCGUCUUUCGUAUGAGGAAACGUAAUGCUGCUGGCACUCAUGGCGGCGGCGACGGUGGCGGUGGCAGCGGCGGCAGGCGGAGACGAAACAGGUGGAGAAGGUCGAGGGAAAAGCGACUGAGAAAUACCCUUUUGACAUCACGUGGAUGACCGAGUCCAACAAGAGGGUCCUCGACAACUUCAUUACGUGGUACAAGCUCCAGCUUUCUCAGCUCGUCAAUAUCCUCAACCCCGUAAACUGGAACCUCGACGUGGUGUUCCCAGCCGUGAGCUCCGUCAUCACCUUGUACACGGGCCCCAUCGUUGCCCUGGGAAUCCUCCUCCUCAUCUUCAUCACCAUCCCGACGUUCACGACCGGCCUCCUGCUCAACCCCGUCGGCAGGAGCCUUGAUGGAGCGAUGUUCUCUCCAACCAUUGACGCCGUGUGGUACGCGGUGGAGAGGGCCCUCGACCACACAGAUUUCCAAGAAUAGGAGAUCUGCCCCGCCUUCCCUACAACACUGACGAUGUUUGGCCUGUUAUGCGAUAUAACACGUGAUUUUUUACUGUCGGUUACUGUUGUAGUUUUGAAAGGAUUGAUACUACGUGCCAUGGAGUACUGCUCUUGAUGAUACCUUAUAAUACUCAUUGAAUCUAGUUAAGAUUUUAGGAUUAAUUUGUUGUUCUUGUUGUGAUUUUUAUUGUUGUAUUUAUGAAAUUCUAAAUAAAAGCAUAUUGCA